UCUGUCGUAAUUUUGGCGCGGGUCAUUGUUAUGAUUCCUUAAAUAUUGGAUAAAUUCGGUAUUUUUUCCAACAUUGGACGACCCGAAAUGGAUGUCAAUUGAAACUUUGGACAUUAUUCUUAACAUCUGACUGAUGAUUCCAAUGAAUAAUCUGCAUUUUGAUCGUAUGGUUCAUCUCUGAAAGUCAGACAGAUGUAGCUAUCAAACCAAUGGUAAUCAUGAAUGGUGAAGUUCCAAGUGUUCCCAUAACAACACUUGCGGGAAUAACAAGUUUGACAGAUUUGCUACCAGAACUGCCAUUGCCAACACCGUUGCCAUCAACAGUUCAAAACAAAAGUCUGCUAUAUCAUGCCAGAUUAGCUGAAAGUGCUAAGCGGCACUUGUCCAAAAGAGAUGAAGGGUUAACUCAGCAGAUCGUUCAUGCCUUGCGGCAGACAUCUACUGAUCAUAUAGAGUUGAAAGACAGUUUGGUGGGUGAUAGCAUUGAAGGUGAUAUACCAGAGCUGUUACGGGGAGUGCUGGCCGCUGAUCCCAAUGUGUUUAAAGGAACAAGGAGCCAAACCAGUGGUAGGAGUGGGAACCGCAGUCAACAGAAGCAGCAGUCUUCAGCGGCUCCCUAUCCAGCACAGAACUUCCAACCCUUCCCUCAGAACAACUCUCCAAGAAUUAACCAACAACACAGUCCUUCCAGGGCACCUGAACAUGCAGGAUCUUAUCCACAGAACUCUUCAUCCAAGUUCCAACAGUCCUUUCAAAACUUUGCACAGACAUCAUAUUCCAAUGCUGCAGGUACCAUGAAUGGGGAACACCCUGGCGCUCCUGAAAGUCAUUACAUUGGCAGAAAUGUCAACCAACACUCCCGGAACACAGCACCAGUGGCCUCUCCUGCCCAAGCCACUGUAGCUGAACCUUUGGUACCAGUUGCAAAACAACCAGAAUCAUUGGUGCCAAAACCUACUACACUAAACCCCCAGAAAUAUCCUCAGAUGAAACAACCCAUUGUCUUGUUGGAGCAACUGUCACACCCAUCUCUCCCGGCCCAAGGUAGCAACAAAAAGAAAAGUGCAGGUCAACCAUUUGUCAUGUUGGAACCCCUGGAUGAGAAGGCUAAAGUGGGUAAAAAGACCCUUAAAUCAAUCAAAUAUGGAGGCUCAGUGAAAGCCAAGUCUGACAGGAGAUCAGGGAGCAAAAGACGCUAUGAAGAAGACAAUGAUGGCCACUCCUCAAGAAGAAAGAGAAGGAGAAAUUAUUAUGAAGAUAACAAUAGUGAUGCAGAAGUGAUUGGAUCUGAUUCAGAUUCAGAAAUGGAAGUUGCAAGGAAGAAGAAAAAAGACAAGCGACAUAAACGGGUUAACCAGCAAGCUUUGUCUGUAGAAGAGUUGCUGGAGAGCCCAACUUUCAAGAAGUUUAGCUCAGCCAUGGAAUAUAUCCUGGACACUGCAGAAGACAUUAAUUUUGGAUCUCUGGAUCCCAAUGAUGAAGACGCAGAGUGUCCACCAGAAUCUCUUAUAUCUAAACAAAUUCUUACAGAACUUGUAGGAGAAACAGCCAAACUGAAGUCUAUGGGUGUACUAAAUCAGGUACCAGCAGACAAACUUGUCAAACUAUUGACAGUGUUACAAUGGAAUAUCAGAGAUGGCACAAAGCUUUUACCAACCAUGACACAGGACAUAGAUGAUGAGGAAGAACAAAAGCUGUGGCGUCAUUUAACAAUGGAGAGAGUAAUGCGUAGCAUGGACUCCUCACUCACUGCCUUGUACAUAAUGACAUCCAAGGAAAUGCCCAAACAUGUGUACCUGGAGGAUGUCAUAGAGAGGAUCAUCUUGUUUGGCAAAUUCCAGUUACAGAACACCGUGUACCCAGAGUAUGACCCAGUGUACAAGGUUGAUCCAAAAAAGGAUGGCUACCACACAAGUUCUAAGUUAAAGCGAGCCAGGGCAGGACAGGUGAAACACAAAUCAACUAUCAACCUCUACAACAAAAUGGCAGAUUUGGUGAACAACCUGGGACAGUUGAUAGAUAUACAAGAAAUGACCGACACCACCAUAUUACAGGUUUCAACUUUAGGGGUAUCCCCUUUCUUUGUGGAGAAUAUUAGUGAGUUGCAGUUGAAUGCUAUGAAGCUGGUAACGACAAUUUUCACCCACUAUGAAAAACAUAGGCAGCUUAUACUGGAGGACAUAUUUGCCAGUCUGGCAAGGUUGCCAUCGAGCAAAAGGAAUCUCAGGAACUAUAGAUUGAACUCGGAGGAAUCAAUACAGAUGGUGACAGCUUUGGCUCUCCAGCUAAUACAGUGUGUGAUCAAGCUGCCAUCACAGUCGCACUCUAGACCAGAACCCCUGGUAGAGGAGGAGCCUGCCCCAUCCUCCUCCAAACGAGGACACCAAAAUCAAAAGAAGAAAAAACCAGAGAAUGAACAAGAUACUUUAAUUGUUACGUCCUUUGAGAAUGCUAUGAGAACGGGAUACAACUUCCUUUCAGUAUUCUUAAAAAAGUGUACAGUGAAGGGUGAGGAAGAUUAUAGACCUUUGUUUGAGAAUUUUGUCCAAGAUCUCCUCGCCACUGUCAACAAACCAGAAUGGCCCUCAUCAGAGCUUAUGCUCAGUCUCCUCGGCAGAAUCCUUGUAAAGCAGUUCAGCAAUAAAUCUGUAGAUAUGUCUCUCAGGGUAGCGUCUUUAGAAUAUCUGGGCAUUGUAGCGUCCCGGUUACGGAAAGAUGCAGUGUCUAGUCAACUUAACCAGGAAUCCAUUGACGAGAUUGUUGCAAAGGUAAAUGAAGUGGAUAGUGAUGAUGAAGCACCACGGCGAUCCUCACGGGGAGGGAAAAAUUCACCUGUGCCGGAAGGUCAGGGUGAAUCAGCUGAAGACCAGGCUCAGAGUUUACAAAAGGCUAUGUUGGAAUACCUCACUUACAACAGUGAGAGUGAGCCAGCAUACUGGUUUGCUUGUCAGUUUUACAUAGCUCAGUGGUACAGAGAUGCCACUAUGGAAGCUGAAAAGUCUGAGGCUGCUCAUGAUGAAUUUGAUGAGACUGAAGCAGAGCUGACAACAGAAGAGCUCCAGAACACAGAGCGGCGUAAAAACUUCCUCAUGAAACAAGUGGAGCUCACACUGGAGUCACACAAAUCAGGAAGACCACAUCCAAGCAACUUAGAGCAUGACAGUGCAUGUUUGAUAGCGAGAUACCUAUCCUCAAAACGCCCAUUUGCACAAAGUUUUGAUAUUUAUUUGACACAGAUUUUGCGGGUACUUAGUGAAACAGCCGUGGCUGUGCGGACAAAGGCAAUGAAAUGUCUGACAGCUGUGGUGGAAUCAGAUCCAGGUAUUCUUGCCAGGACGGACAUGCAGAAAGGUGUCCAUGGUCGGUUCCUGGAUCAGUCUACGAUGGUUCGAGAGGCAGCAGUGGAAUUAGUAGGGAGGUUCAUCCUUAUCCGUCCAGAUCUCAUUCCCAAAUAUUAUGAUAUGUUAACAGAUAGAAUCCUGGACACAGGAAUCAGUGUACGCAAACGGGUGAUAAAGAUAUUCAGAGAUAUCUGUAUAGAACAAGGUGACUUCCAAAAAAUUCCGGAAAUGUGUGUAAAGAUGAUUAGGCGGGUGAAUGACGAGGAAGGCAUCAAGAAACUCGUCAACGACGUGUUUCAGACGAUGUGGUUCACUCCACUCAGCACCCGAGACAAAGAUACCUCAAAAUUGCUCCAACGAGUGGUGAAUAUCACCGAUGUGGUUGCUGCAUGCAAAGACACUGGUUUUGAAUUCUUUGAGCAGUUGUUAGAAAAUCUGUUGAAGAAGGAUGAGGAUGGCAACUACAACAAAAGUGCUGUGACGUCAUGUCGACAGAUUGUAGACUGUCUGGUGGAAAAUGUCCUCUCACUUGAAGAACGCAGCGUCGAUGUUGACACAGUGAAGGGAUGCAGUCAGCGACUAGUGGCAUGUCUAUCCACUCUGUUUCUGUUCAGCAAGAUCAAACCAGACCUGAUGAUCAAACAUGCCACAACACUACAGCCAUACCUGGACAUCAAGUGCAGCACACAGGGUGACUUCUAUGUACUGCACUAUGUGGCCAGGAUCCUUGAGGUGGUUGUGCCAUUGAUGGACCACCCAAGUGAAUCAUUUCUUGCCCAGUUGGAGGAGGACAUGAUCAAGUUAAUAUUGAAACAUGGCAUGAUGGUGCUCCAGAGUUGUGUUCGGUGUUUAGGUGCUGUUGUAAAUAAUGUUAGCCACAACUAUGCCUUAGUCAAAGACUGCUUCCAGAAGUUCUUUGGUGUGUUGUCACGUCUAAUGGCAGACCACAGAGAAGACCCAGAAAACGCCACGUUGAAAAUUAGAAAACCGACACUACUCAGGUCCCUGUUCACAGUCGGGCUUUUGUGCAAACACUUCGAUUUUGAUUCCAGUGAGAUGGGUGAAACCAAGACAUCAGUGAAAGACAAAGUCUAUGAUGUUUUGCACUACUUUGUCUUCCAUGAAGACGAGGAAGUCCGCACCAAAGCUUUGACCGGUUUAGGGUUUCUUUUUGUGCGUCAUUAUGAAUACAUGCUUGGAGUGAAGGCAAAGGAGCUGUAUGUUGAAUUUUUAUCAAACGAACACACCCUAGUUCGGUUAAAAGUUCAGGUGUUGAAAAACCUUCAGUAUUAUCUCCAAGAAGAAGAGGUCCGUAUGCAAAAGGCAGAUGCAGAAUGGAGAAAACAUUCGAAGGAGGAAGAUUUGAAGGAAAUGAAUGAUAUUCAGUCGGGGAUGGCCAGUACAGUGAUGCAAGUUUACCUGAAACAAGUGCUGGAGUCCUUCUUCAACCAACAGUCCCAAGUCAGAAUGGCAGCUCUCAGUGUGAUAAACCUUGUCCUCCGGCAGGGGCUGGUGCACCCUGUUCAGUGUGUGCCAUAUUUGAUCAGCUUCGGAACCGAUUCUGAGCAGUCAAUCAGGGUGAAAGCUGAUCAGCAGCUACAGGAAAUAGAAAAGAAAUACCCUGGUUUCAUACAUAUGAAAUCAUUACAUGGACUGAAGUUAUCCUACCGCCUUCAACAAAUCCUUCAGAAUGACCAUUCAAAACCAAUUAGAGGAAUGAGAUCUCCAGAUGAUAAUGUGCAGAGUCUGAACGCAUACUUGUAUACAGUGCUGCGAAGCAACCGCCCCCAUCGUAGGGCUAUUCUAACAACUCUUCUUAACUUGUUUGACGACUCUGCGAAAAUUACAUUAGCAGAGCAGGUGUAUAUAUCAGACAACUUGUCCUUUUUCCCAUACCAAACUCAGGACGAACCCUUAUUCAUCAUCCACCAAAUAGAUAUCAUAGUGUCCGUGUCAGGUUCCAACCUGCUGCAGUCUUUCAGGGAGAAGCUGUAUGGCAGUGACCGAGAACACCAUGGGGGUCUUGUAAACAACCAGAAUGGACAGAAUGGAGCCCAAAAAUCAAUCGAUGAUGAGGAAGACGACGAUCCGGAGGCUUUGCUUGAGCGCCUUCCAGCAUGUAUCCAGCCCCUCCUAGAGAUCUGUCGAUUCUCCCAAGGCUGUAUCCUAUUGCUCCAUCUAAAGCAGCACCUAAAGGAGCUUUACGGUUUCACAGACAGCAAAAUUCACAACUACUCCCCGGCAGAAACCAAGUUAUAUGAUAAACCUGUUACAAGAAAGUUUCUGGUCAAGUUCAAUCCAGAAACAGUGCUGGAAGUGCUUGCUGAAGGUACACCAAAAUCUUCAGAGGACAUCGAAGUGCGGACAAAACUAGUCAAUGAUUACUUGGAGUUCAAAGCGCUAAUGUUGUGUAUAGACCCGCCUGACGACGAUGACAGUGAUGGCGAGGGUAAGACUGGCACUCCUAACCCUGCCAAGCCAGAUGCAGCAGGGACAGCCACCGCCCCCGCAGGCACGGCGGGCGAGGCAGCUCCGGGUAAAGAGGGCGCAGAGAACCAACCUACAGACACAGAUGCCAAUGCCAACACAGAAGCCAAUUCCAAUGAGACAAGCAAGCCUCAUCACCCUCCGCCACCGCCCACACAUCACACAGGACAUCAUUCAACACAUCAUCACUCCUUAUCAUCAAGACUCUCUAAACAUCACCAUUUAAUACAUGGCACAUCCGAAAAGAAGAAAAUUAAAAUUCAAACACCCUCAUCUACAAGGACUUCAUCUAGUACAUUUAGCAGUUCAUUUUCAUCUACACCUAAAUCGUCGUCAUCAUCAUCGAGAGACAGAAAGAAACACAAAAAGCGGAAACGGCGAUAUAAAAGUGACAGUGAGGAUGAUAGUGAUGACGAUCCGGAUUUUGUGUUAUAGUUUUCAGUGAGUUUUAGUGGUGCGCGAAUGAUGUGUGGAUGUCUCAAUGGCAAGAAGAAUACCUUGCAUACAGGUAAUGCGAACUUGUAUGCACAUUAAUUUCCAACAAUAUAUUCUAAAAGGAUGUGUUGCAGUUUUAAGGGAUCUUUACAAAAGGACCAGGAUUAUAAACCAAGCAUGAAGUUUUACCAUUUCAACUCAGCGAUGUCAUCCUUUGAAUGAAUACUGCAUUUGUUACUUUUUUAUGUUUCUUUGUUUUGUUUUUUGAAGAAAAUGUGUUUCAAUUAUGCAAUCAUCCAGGGAAUAUUUGCCUUGUUUUAUGUUGAAUGUACUGAUUUUUAGAAUUCUUCCAUUGUUUUAGUACUUCUUAAUCUAUAUUAAAUAACGUUUUAGAAUGAAUUACAGUCUUUCAAAAAACAAGAAUGGUACAGUGGUUUGGUUCAUAGAAGAUGACGACGUUACUGACAAAAUAGACAGAUGAUCACCAGAAUUUUUUGGUGCUGAUCAAGUGGUUUUUUUUUAUGUCACACUUGUUUGGUAUGGACUAAAAUAAUUCCAGCAUUUCGUUAUCUUGAGGUAUUUUUGUUUCACUGACAUUUUUUUCUCUUCUAAACACUCAAUUGUUGAUGAUUGUAGCUGACGAGUUGUAUUCUGUCUGUAUUUUAAAAGGAAUCUCAUGUAUGAUGCAUACAAAUAUCUUUAAUAAUAGGACUGGGUAUUUUGAUUUUUGAGUUUGACUGAUAUGAGAAUGUGCCAAUCAAUUUUCUCAAUAUUUGGUGUGUUAGUUUUUAAAAGAUACAUAGGGCAAAUGAUGAAAGUAGAAGAUGAGUUUGCAUUUUCCACUUAAAAUGGUUUAAACAAUCUUUGAUGUACACUCUUUGAUUUGAAAGACUUGUUUGUAUCGAUUAGGCUUAUGCUGUGGUCUCAAGCUGAAUGGGAUAUAAUAAUAAACAUUUGAUAUAGCACCCUAUCUAGCUGGAAUAAGCUAUAGAUAUAAAUAAGGGAAUAACAAUCUUUGACUGGUUCAAUAAUUCAAGAAAACAGUUUAAUUCUUAAAAAGGAAUGCUGACACAUCCUUUGUUAAAUGAAGAUAUAUCUAUUGAACUGUUUAUCUACUUUCUCAGUAAAGAUUUCAUUGAUCGUAACAGAAUACUUUUAAUAGCUGUGAUAUAUAUAAAGGCACAAGAUCAGUGGACUCUAUCAAAAUAAUGGUGAAUGAAUCCUGGAUCCAUACAGAAGUAAAGAGUUACAGUGUCAACCAUUAAAUUGAAUGAUUUCCUAUAACAAUGAUAGUGAGUGUUGUUAGACCUUUACAUCUCUAGCAUUGAUGUUCAGUAAAAAAAGAUUGUGUGGUAGCUGACCAUAAACAAUCGAGUAACAACAAAAGAAUUUUUAAUAAAUUAGAUAACAAUGGUAGUAACUACCACCCAUGUUUGUUAACUGCUGAAAGUUCAAUCCAGUGGCUCUUGGAUUAAUUAUAACUAUUUUUUUUACAUGUGACUUGUUUCACUUCAGGAUUAUUAAAGCAAGAUAGAUGAAAUGGUUCAUAUAUGCAAAUUGAAUAACUAGUUCUACAUACUGUUAAUAGAUAAAGAAGUGACAAACAUAAGCUAAUACCAUAGACUUGUGACAACAUUUCAGGAUGAAAAAGUAAUUAAGGUUUGUUUCUCUGCAACUUGGUUGUCUAAUUCAUUCAGUAUCAUUGAAUUUCCUUGGAAAAUGUAUGUGUUUAAAUUCUGUUUAAUAGGGGAAAAAGGGUUAAAAAUGUUCACUUUCACCAUUCCCAAAAGAAAUGCUUCUCAACAGGUAUAUGGAAUCCAUUUUUGAAGGACUGACAUUAAACAAGUCCUUCAUACUUUUAAAGUGUAACAUCUUUACUUUUUAUGUAAAACAUUUAAAUUUUAUUGGUUGUGAAAAUAUACCAGAUUGUAACGUUUAUUCUUGUGAUUUGUUAUUGUUUACCCUGCUGUUACUUCUCAUGUUCAAGGUCAUAGCAAAAACAUCUAGAAGAAUCUCUACAUCAGUUCAACUCACAACUAUGUUAAAUUUAAUAAACUGUAAAAUUUCUGCAUUGUUUACAUGUCUUUCACAUGUAGUAAGCUGUGGGUGAAUAUUGGAAAAUAAUAAUAAUAAUAAUUCAAGGUUCUUAUAUACCGCUUUAUCACAACCUAGUUGGUAGGUCGUCUCAAAGCUGUUAACAAAUUAUCCGUGGUUAUAGGGCCUUAAAGGGGAAAACAGCAACCAAGAUUAGUGUCAAAUCAAAUCAAUUCAAAAGAAAGCAGGCUUUAAAUUCAAACUUCGAACAAACUAUGAACAUGUAAUGCCAUUUACAUUGAGGAAUUAAAAAAAGUGCAAGAUAUUUUCCUUAGCUAUUUGAUGAAUGCUUGUGUUUGAAGCCAAGCCUAAACUACUUGUAUGAAUGUGAAAGUUUGUGAUACACAUUUACAUGAAAGAAAUUGAGCAUAAUUCAUAUGAACUACAUACACAUCGUGGAAAUCAUUUUUGUCCUAUUUUAUAGUGUAAAUACAGAGUUGUUUAUGUUGUCAAUCUGCUGCUGCAAUCGUUCAUAUUUAUCAUCUCAUCACAUGUUGAUUACUACAUAUUUUAUCAAAAUUCAUCUAAUUGCCUCCUUUUUUAUCAAAUGUCAUGUUACAUUUCAUUGUAUGAAAUAUAUCAUUUUCUCACCCUGUAAAUCUAUAGCUGUCAUGAAGUAUUUAUUUUAUUAUAAAAAAACAGCCGUUGACUCUUUAACAAUUCAUCUUUCUUAUUGAAUCCAUUGAAUCACAAGUGAUGUCUUCAUUCCCAAAGUUUGUGAACUGAGAAAGUAGAUAAAAAGUUAUUUGAAAUAAUAAAAAAAAGUUACAAAUUU